UGGGCACAUGGGGGCACGGGGGUGCAGGUGCCAAGCACCAUGGGUUAGGCCCGAGAUCGGAGUCCGGCCGCCCCCCGACAGCAGCCGCCUCCUGCUCCCCGCGCGCCCCGGGCGCCACCAUGUCGGGCGACAAGCUCCUGAGCGAACUUGGCUAUAAGCUGGGCCGCACGAUAGGUGAGGGCAGCUACUCCAAGGUGAAGGUAGCCACCUCCAAGAAAUAUAAAGGGACGGUGGCCAUCAAGGUGGUGGACCGUCGGCGAGCGCCUCCGGACUUCGUCAACAAGUUCCUGCCUCGAGAGCUGUCCAUCUUGCGGGGAGUACGGCACCCACACAUCGUGCACGUCUUCGAGUUCAUCGAGGUGUGCAACGGGAAGCUGUACAUCGUGAUGGAAGCAGCAGCCACCGACUUGCUGCAGGCAGUGCAGCGAAACGGGCGCAUCCCGGGGUCACAGGCGCGCGAACUCUUCUCUCAGAUUGCGGGUGCCGUGCGCUACCUGCACGACCACCACCUGGUGCACCGCGACCUCAAGUGCGAAAACGUGCUGCUGAGCCCUGACGAGCGCCGCGUCAAGCUCACAGAUUUCGGUUUCGGCCGCCAGGCGCACGGCUAUCCAGACCUGAGCACCACCUACUGCGGCUCGGCCGCCUAUGCGUCACCUGAGGUGCUCCUGGGCAUCCCCUACGACCCCAAGAAAUACGACGUAUGGAGCCUGGGCGUUGUGCUCUACGUCAUGGUCACAGGGUGCAUGCCCUUCGAUGACUCGGACAUUGCUGGCCUGCCCCGGCGCCAGAAGCGCGGCGUGCUCUACCCCGACGGCCUCGAACUGUCGGAACGAUGCAAAUCCUUGAUCGCCGAGCUGCUACAGUUCAGCCCAUCCGCCCGGCCCUCGGCGGGUCAGGUGGCGCGCAAUGGCUGGCUGCGGGCCGGGGACUCCGGCUAGGAGCCGGGGUUCUCGCUGUUCCCGCCGCACCAGGCCCUGAGCCAGGGCGGCGCACGCGCGACCGGCGAGCUUCGGGAAACCCGCGAAGUCGCCGCGCGCCACUGCGCGCGCGCCCUGUCCCUUCCCCUCCCACCACGGCGGCGGCCCACAGAGGCCCGCUGUUGGAUUCUGGUUCCUCCUGCACAACCCGAUUGCUGGAGGGCUCAUGCGCACCCUCGAUUUCUGGCGAGGAGGCCCCAAGAGGGGCGCGAAGAGAAGAGAGAGAAGCAUUGCGCCUGCGCGGAAUGAGCUCCUGCUGCGCGGUGGGUGGCAGUGGAGCGGAGAAGCUGCGGGCCGACGGUGCACUCCAAGGGCCAGGUUGGAACCUGCAAUAAAUUCGCUUUUCCUCGCAAGUGGCUUUAGCGGUGGACCAUUGUUACGGAGCAGACGGGAGGGGAGAUCUCAGCACUUUAGAGAAAGCCAUGUAUGUGGCGACUCCAGCGCCAAACCUCAAAAGGGAGUUGUGGGAUUCGAAUCUGUUCUCCAAACUGGAAAAACUUCUAGAGGUUCUGUAGUCGUUCCCUGGGAUGUGAUGAUGCUUGAAUUGGGAUUGGCAUGGGGGAAGGAGGGGACUACCUGUCGGCAGAAAAUGAGCAUUUACAGAUGUGGAAACUGAGGCCCACACAGGUGUCAACUGUGCAGACACAGCUAUUAUUUGU